CCCGGGCUGUGGCUCAGCCCUCAGAGGGAGUCAGGCACCAGGCAGCGGUCUCCAGCCAAGCCCCCGCCAGCAUGGCCAGCGAGUUCAAGAAGAAGAUCUUCUGGAGGGCAGUGGUGGCCGAGUUCCUGGCCAUGACCCUCUUCAUCGUCAUCAGCAUCGGCUCUGCCCUGGGCUUCAACUUCCCGGUGAAGAACAACCAGACGUCAGGUGCGGCCCAGGACAAUGUGAAGGUGUCCCUGGCCUUCGGGCUGAGCAUUGCCACGAUGGCCCAGAGCGUGGGCCACAUCAGCGGCGCCCACCUCAACCCAGCGGUCACCCUGGGGCUGCUGCUCAGCUGCCAGAUCAGCGUCCUCCGGGCCGUCCUGUACAUCAUCGCCCAGUGCGUGGGGGCCAUCGUCGCCACCGCCAUCCUCUCAGGCAUCACCUCUUCCCUGCCCGGCAACUCCCUGGGCAGCAAUGACUGGGCCUCCGGCGUGAACGCGGGCCAGGGCCUGGGCAUCGAAAUCAUCGCCACCCUGCAGCUGGUGCUGUGCGUGCUGGCCACCACCGACCGGAGGCGCCGUGACCUGGGGGGCUCAGCCCCCCUUGCCAUAGGCCUCUCUGUGGCCUUGGGACACCUGCUGGCGAUCGACUACACGGGCUGCAGCAUUAACCCUGCCCGGUCCUUCGGCUCGUCGGUGAUCAGUAACAACUUCAAGGACCACUGGGUGUUCUGGGUGGGGCCGUUCAUUGGCGCCGCGCUCGCUGUGCUCAUCUACGACUUCAUCCUGGCCCCGCGCAGCAGCGACCUCACAGACCGCAUGAAGGUGUGCACCAGCGGCCAGGUGGAGGAGUACGACCUGGAUGGCGAAGACAUCCACUCCAGGGUGGAGAUGAAGCCCAAGUAGAGGGCCUGGCCCCGCGCACUCACAUGGGGACCGGGGCAGGGGCGGGCGGAGGGAGGGGCGGGUGAAACCCAUAUUGUAGACACUCUGACGAGCUGGCCAAAGUUUCUUGCCAAAGACCCGCGGGACUUGCGUGGCCAAGCCUGAUUUGGGCUGUUUCUAGCACUUUCUUCCUCUUUCUCUCUUUCCUGGCCUUGGGGCUUCCUGGAGACCAAGACUCCCCACUCUCCACUCCCUUGAAGUCACAGAGGAGGUGAAAGAGAGGGACCCACCCUCAGAGUGUGACAGGAGGUGUGCCAGAAAGCCCCUCACCCCAAGACAGCUCACCAGCUCACCUGCCGCACGUGCCUGGGCCCCGCCGUCAUCGUUUUUUGUGCCUUUGGGUGUGGCCUUCUCCUGUCACUUGCACUUUGCCCCCAAGGGUGUUUUGCAGGGAAAGAGACCCCAGGAGGGGCGGGUUAGGAGCAAGCGGUGACCAGCUUUGCCCGUGCACUUUGCCUUGCUUCCAGGGACAGAGAGAGCUCCGUGGCCUGAGGUCCCUCUCUGGGGUUCUGUGAGUGUAGACACGCUGUGGGCUCCGGAAGAUGCUGUCUGCAUCAGCGUCUUCCACUCGCGCUGGGUCCUUCCCCCAGCACAGAUGCAGCAAGGACGCAUGCGUGUUUCCAAGCAGCGCGCAGCAGCCAGUUCAGCUGCUGCAACCAGACAGGGCCUGCUGCUGCCCUGUGAAGGGCAUUUAGAGGUCAAGGAGGAACACCCACGUUUCCUCGCUGAGUUUUAGUUGGUCUUGUCCACCUAUCACUGCACCAUCUUGACCAUUAUUUGGUUCUCCGCUUCCUCCUGCCAGAGGAGGCACAGGUCACUGUUACACAAGGGUGUGUUUCCGAAAGGACAGUUUGGGGACAGAUGUGGCUCAGCCCACGGCAGCAGAUACCCUUGCUGAUCGUGAGGGGCGAGGAGAGGCUUGCCCCUGGUGCUGAGCUCCUGGCUGGAGGCAUUCAGGGCGCUGGGUGGCCUGCACAGGCUCCCGUGUGACCCAGGCCCCAGCCUUCCCUCCUCACUUAGCUGGAGGGAGAGUCGGCCUUGACCUGAUGAAGGACCUACGGCUGCAGCCCAAGUACGUACAGUUCAGAGCACAGGGUCUGUUUCAGGGGCAGCCAUCUACACAGUCCAUUCAAUUCCACCAGGGCCAGAGCAGGUCCCCCAGGUGCCCGUAGCCGCGAUGGUGACAAAACCGAGACCCCAUACCCAGGUGUCUAGAAGCAGGAGGCCUUCACAGUCCCCGAGCCCAUCUGCACGCUCUUUCCCAUCCCCUAGCAGGGACCUCCAGCCCACCUUCCUGAUAAGGAAACUGAGCCCAAGGUCCCACAGCUAGGUGAUGAUUUGCCCAGGCCUAUCAGCCAAGGCCAUGUCUCUGGCUACUACCUGGCCCAUGAGACUGGCCCCUCUCACCCCCAGCUUCUCAGUUUCGGCCUGGGCAGGGGCCAGGGGGCUGAGGGUUGUGCUGGAGGGGAGAAGGGGGCAGACCCACCCCCCUGCCUGUCCUUGCUGCUGUUCACCAGGCCCUGCUUCUGCCUGCUCUGCAUAUGUCUCUUGGGAAUUGGAAUUUCAUUGUAUGUUAAGAAAAUAAAGGAAAAUGACUUCUAAUGUCA